AUGGAUAUUCCAAAACGAUUGCUAUCACUUUUCAUAUUGAUUAUCUUUAUAACUACAGAUAUAUCACAUGCCAAAACGGUAAAAAUCUUCAACGAUCUUGGUUAUACACUUCAGUUUCACUGUAAAUCGAAGGACAUUGAUUUAGGUCACCAGAGUUUGAUACCCGGUGGGAUGUGGUCAUUUCAUUUUGAGCGUAAUUUCUUCGGAAGGUCAUUGUUUUUCUGUUCCUUUGAUUUGCCAUAUGGAAGACGUUGGUUCGACAUAUAUGAAGAGCCCCGGGAUACUUCUAUCGUGCCAACUGGGGUGAAGGAUGGUGAGUGGAGGAUAACACCAAGUGGACCUUGUAUGUAUGACGAGUAUCGUAAGCAGCUUAAGGAAUGUUUACCUUGGAACAAUAAUUAG